GUUCGAAGAAUCCAGCGGCAAGACGGCGCAGGCUAGGGUGGCACCUCGAAACCGGCACGUUCCCUCGGCCGUUCGGAUACACCACGUUUUCGAAAUGCUGCCCGUGCUUUUCCUUGCGCUUUUCGCCUCGGCCUCAUUGGUCACUACCACUACGGUGGACGAGGUAAACGACUACGUGGACGUGGUGCUCAGCGAACUGGGCCAACAGAUCCAGACGCCGUACAGGCCCAAGGACAGCUACAACAAGACGGUGGCCGGCCGACCCGAGAUCUGGGCCUACUUCGGCGACAUCUUCAUCACCGGAUACAACAAGCUGGAACGAGACGGCAACUGCGCGCACGAAGAGCACGCGCUGGCCACCGGCAUCACCAUACGCUGCAACCUGACCACCAAGGAGCUUCGCGUCGACAUCACGGGCACGCUGAAGCACUCGACGUACCCGCCCAGGAACGUGCGCGCCAGCGGAGUGUUCCUCAACCCGCACCUACAGAUGAAGAUCGCCGUGGAACCUUGGAGGGAGAUGAACGUCACGCUACGGCUGCGCCUCACGGUGCCGCAAGUCAAGGUCGUGAACCUCGGCGAAGAGUUCAAGUUCAACAGCAUACGUCUGGGGUACAGGGACGAGAUCAUAUCCAUCAUCAGGAGCUCGACGCCCGAUCUCGAGCAAGACAUGAAGAAGGCGGCCGACAGCGAAAUCAUCCCGUACAAGCGGAAAUGAACACGUGUCGCACACCCCGCUCAUUCUACUAAUACCAAGAGCAGUCGUCAUUCGCAUGCAUUUUCACUGCAGUCAUCGAAUCACCGCACGUCCUUAAGCGAGCGAGCGGCUCCCGUCUCGUCCCGGGGGAGUAGUAGGUGGACAAGUCGAAGCGUUUGUUGGCUGCGGCACCGAGAGCGGUGCCAGCUGAGCUUUGGAAUGUGCGUCUUGCAUCACGAAUGACUGCGGUGGGCUCGUAAUGGGCAAAGGUACUCGUAAAGAGCGGCCGAGGCUACCGGUUGCGCAGUGGCCGACACGUCGCUGCGUCCGCCUCGAGAACUCAACUACGAGUACGUACAUCUAAACAGAUGUCUUCACGCGUGAGUGUUGUGUUAUGCUGCCAAGUAUGCGACUGUUGCGAAAGGUGCGCAAUGCGUUUGCACAAGUGUGAUCGACAGCUUCUGUGCAGCGCGGUGAACUUUGUUUGCGCGCCUAAUAAAGAUAUGGUCGUGUGUUUAGAAAAAAACAA